UUGUUUAUAAAAAAAAAAAAAAAAGUGAUUUGGGCAAAUACCAUUUCUUAUUAACAUGUUAACAAAUUACGUCUAAUGUAGUGACUUGCCUAUGAUUUCAUAUUGCUUCCCCUCUCUCUUCCUGUACGUGUACGUGUGAACGUGCGACUCAAAUAGGCAAGAUGAGGAGUUUAUUAGAAAUGGAUGUGCCCAAAACAAUAACUUGUAUCUUUUUAUGAAAAAAAUCAUUAACAUGUAUUUCCGGUAUCUAAUCCUGGUAAAAUAUUGACCAGGAGACAUUCCCAUGCAAUUAUCCUAAACGAGUAAACGAUUAAUCAUUAGCAUGUUAACAUGAAACAGUUAAAAUUGUUAAACUAGAGAUUAAACUGGGCAAUUUAAUCCUAGAAUCAAAGAAACGAAACUUCCGAGAAGACUACCGAGUACCGAGGCAUAGCAUAUGUACCCAUUUUUCAAAGAAGAGAGGAAGAGAAGGGUUUUUCUUUUCUGUGUUUCUCUGCGAGCUUUAAGAGUUGAAAGAGAAGGAAAGGAAAAAAGAGAGUGUCUUAUCAUCCCAAGAGUGGUAUGGGAAAUUUAACCAGUCGUAUUCCUUCUUCAAGCUCCUUCAAAUUUCUGAUUUUCAAUUUGAACCGAUUCAGUGGAGGACACACCUCCGUGAACUUUCAGGGGAAAUCGCCGGCCUCCGAUCACCCAGUUGAAAUCCCACCACACUCGACUCCGACUCCUGCUCUAAUCAUACCAAGCAACUCUUCUUCCUCUCCUUCGACUCUCUGGCGUACCCAGAUGGUAAUAUCUCCCAUUCUUGUAGCGGGGCUUCUCACCCUCCAUCACAAUCGAGUCGAGGGAAAUCUCUUUACCUCCAACCCCGAGCUCUUCAACACCUUGUCGGCCUCUGCUUCUUUCGCUUUCAUGGGCACUGUAGUUGGAGUCUCAGUUCGUCGCUUCCAUACAAGGGUUAGCAACUUUGCCCUUGUUUGUGCACAUACUUCUUUGGUUGUCUCCUUCUUUCUGUUGACUGGGGUUUUCCUGGCCCGAAAUCCUAGGGCCAUUUUACUGGGAAACUGGCCUUCUACUAUGAAACAGGUGAUGGCGAGAGAAGUAAAGAUGAUGUAGGGAGGGAUUGAAGUUGGCAGUCCUUCGUUUGUUUCUUUCCGCUUCCUCAAUAUACAUCAUGGUUCGCCUUUUAUUCCCUUAUUUUCGCUUGAAAAUACUCUUAAAUGCUUGUUUUAAAAUUUUAUAUGGAUAAACAAUUAUUGCUUGCAAUUGUUUAGAUAGAGUAAAUCGAGUUCUUACUCUUUUCUUCUCUCAA